UUCUCGCAUCUUUGCUUGUUUUAUGCUCAAUGUUGGGCUCCCACAUGGCCUUCAUAGUCUUUGGGAUUUUACAGCAAUUAUUUAUAAUGCCUAUUAUAUGGUGGGGGGUUGAUGAAGGAGCUGCGGUCUAUGAACUUUGAACGUUGAUAAUUGAGCUUACACCAGAUAAGUUAUCCAACGCUGAGGUGAGAGACCCGCGCAGAGCAUUAAUACGGCGUGAUCGAACAAACUGCAUGGUAGGUUUCUAAAGUGUUUUGUUGUUGUUUCGCGGUCUUUGUGUUAAUUAAAACAGAUAUAGACAAAAUAGCACUAUCAGUGUAGAAUAUGCAUCGAAGAGAUCUUAGAACAGUUUACGCGGGUUUCAUAAGAUAGUUUCAUUGAAAUAUAACAUAGCCUAUCCCUUUUAAUUUAUGUGCGGGCAGUUUUUAAACAAGCAUGAAUGGAAAGUUGAUCAGCUUAAUGUGAUGAACUAGAACUCGUGCUGUAUUCGUGUUUGUUAACACUGCCAUACCUGAGAGGAUAGGUGGCUGGGACAUAGCCUAUCAAGUUAGUUAGUUAUUUGCCACACAACGUGUUCCCAGAACUCCCCAUAGUUCUUUAACAUAUGCCCCUGAUUAUACGUCAGCAGGUGAAAUUAUUCCAAAUUAUAGAGGGAGAACAGGCAUCAACAUGACUUGAGGCUAUGAUGCUUUAAGUUUUCUCAAACUUUCAUUAUUGGCUAUUACGACACGUGGGUUUAAACUCCAUUACCUUCGCCAUGUAGUGAUGUUUUUAUGAAUAGCUUUUAUUGAAGAUGUAUGGAGAUGUGUUGGUGUUGAUUUAGGUGGGUUUUUAAAUCCAGCCCACAGAAGUGCUGGAGUGACGCCACUUUAUCGGAAAAUCCCACCCACUCCUUCCUACAGUUUACAAUGCAGCACUAGAGAGACAUUCGAGUCUGGCAAAAUUCAUGACAUGUAGACAGAGAUGUAGGCUACAGUAGACGUGACAAAUGGAGCUUUCAAAUGUGAUCCUUCCCAAAGGUACCUGUCAAGCAGUGUAAGCAGACACAUCACAUUAAAGCACUGUUACCUUUCUCUCUCCGAAUGAGUGAACGCAGUGAUGCCGGCUAGUAAAACUUGGAUUGAGGAAACUUUCUUCAAGAGAGAAUGUGUGAAGUUCCUUCCAGCAUCCCGGGACACCCACAGAUGUUUUUCAGUUUGUCAGGUGUGCCAAAAUCUUAUCAGGUGCUGUUGUGGGAGGCUCAUAGGCGAGCACUUGGCAUUCCCACUCAGGAGCCUCAGUCUCACCCGGGCAGAGCUAGCUCAAGAUGCUGCGGAGUGGUCCGUAGAGCUCCACACCCAAACAAGUCCGACAGAUGCCUUUGGCUCUAUCGACUUCCAGGACAGCGCAAAGAGGUCAUGUAGGGCCAAGUACGUGAGACUGUCGUGCAACACUAAAGCAGAGCAGCUAACACACCUGAUGCUGAGGGAGUGGCAGAUGGAGCUGCCCAAGCUGGUGAUCUCCGUCCACGGCGGAGCAGAGAACUUCCCUCUGCCCCCUAAGGUGUCACAGGCUUUCUGUAAAGGGCUCAUCCGAGCUGCGGAGACCACGGGGGCUUGGAUAUUCACAGAUGGCAUCAACACAGGUGUGUCCAGGUAUGUUGGACAAGCCAUGAAAGAGUAUGGCACCCACGACUUGCGCAAGAGAAAUGCUGUUGGAAUCACACCUUGGGGAGCCAUUGAGAACCACACUGACCUUAUAGGAAAAGAUGUGCUCAAGCCGUACCAGACUGUGGGGAAUCCACUAAGUAAGCGGGAAUGUUUAAAUGGCUUCCACUCCCACUUCCUGCUCGUGGACGAUGGCACUCUGGGAAAAAGUGGAGGACAGCUGGAUCUAAGGAAACGACUCGAGCGCCACAUCCGCUCGCAGAAGAUUCACCCCAGACUGUGCCAGGGUGUUCCAGUGGUGUGUGUGGUGGUAGAGGGGGGUCCAGGAGUUCCGUGUCUGGUCCUGGAGUAUGUGACCAGUGUACCCCCGGUGCCCGUCGUCGUGUUCGAGGGCACAGGGAGGGCAGCUGAUCUGCUGGCAUUCGUGCACAAACAGACUGCUGUAGACAGACAGAUAGACAGGGACAUUAAGGAUGAUCUCCUCCUGAGGAUCCAGGACACCUUCACCAUGGGCAGGAGGGAAGCCAGUGAACUCUACAGCAUCCUCAUGCACUGCAUGCGCCACAGGGACGCUAUUACAAUUUUUGACUCUGACUCUGAGGACCAGCCUGAAUCAGAUGUAGCCAUUUUGACAGCCUCCCUAAAAGGCAUGAAGGCCUCACCCCAAGAGCAGCUGAGCAUCGCCCUUGCAUGGGACAGAGCGGACGUUGCUAAGAAACACAUUUUGGUUUAUGGGCAGCACUGGCAGGUGGGCUCCCUGGAGCAGGCCCUGCUGGAUGCCCUGGUCAUGGACCGUGUGAGUUUUGUGAAGUUGCUGAUUGAGAACGGCAUGACCAUGAACCGCUUCCUGACUGUUUCCCGUCUGGAGGAGCUUUACAACACGUAUCAGGCUCCAACAGAUCAUUUUCUUCAGCACUUGAUUGAGGAUGUCAGAAAGACCUACAUUCCAGUGGGGUACAGGAUCUCUCUGAUAGAUGUGGGCCUGUUGAUUGAAUAUCUGAUUGGAGGAGCCUACCGCAGCUCCUACACGCGAAAGAACUUCCGAGCUGUCUACAGUCGCCUGUGUGCCCAGGGGAGCACCCCGGAGAGCUCGAGUCACUUUGCCAGACAGAAGAGGGCGGGUUUCUCCUCCACAGAACACUCAGCCCAGACUCCACACCGACCACACUUCUUCCGCACCGCCCAACCGUACAAACACAAAGGGAAAUCUGACACCCCAUCAGAGCUGAAGGUGGGCCAAAGCACUGAACUCAGUGAGCCCUCUCUUUACGUUUACAACGUCAAUGACUUGUUUGUGUGGGCGGUGCUGAAGCGGCGCCAGCAGAUGGCGCUCUUCCUGUGGCAGCAUGGGGAGGCAGCCAUGGCCAGGGCUGUGGUGGCCUGCAAACUCUACCGCGCCAUGGCCAACGAGGCCAGGGAGAGCAACAUGGCCGACAGCAUCACGGAAGAGCUGAAUACCUACUCGCUAGAGUUUGGGCAGCUGGCUGUGGACCUCCUGGACAAGGCCUUCCGGGAGAACGAGCGCAUGGCCAUGAAGCUGCUGACGUCCGAGAUGAAGGACUGGAGCAACUUCACCUGCCUGCAGAUGGCGGUGUCGUCCAGUCUGAGGUCCUUCGUGGCCCACACCUGCACCCAGAUGCUGCUCACCGACCUGUGGAUGGGCCGACUCAACAUGAGGAAGAUCUACUGGUUCAAGAUCGUCCUGGGCAUCCUGGUGCCAGUGUCCAUUCAACUGUUAGACUUUAAGAGCCAGGCAGAGAUGUCACAUGUCCCUCAAUCCCAGGAAGCAUUGCAGUUUGGACUGGACAGUCGCAGCCUUGACACAAAUGAUUCACAAGGAAAAGCUAAUACAAGUGACGAUGCUGAGAGAGGAGCAGAGAGCAAGGAACACUCUUCUGAUCUCUUCUCACAGUGGAUACAGUGCAUACGGAAGUUAUAUGACUUUUACAAUGCCCCAGUGGUCAAAUUCUGGUUCCACACCAUGUCCUACUUGGCCUUUCUCAUGCUAUUCUCCUACACAGUCCUGGUGAGGAUGGAGGAUCAUCCGAGUCCACAGGAAUGGCUGGUCAUUGCUUACAUCUUAUCCACAGCAGUGGAGAAGGCCAGAGAGGUUCUGAUGUCAGAGCCCAGGAAGUUCAGCAAGAAACUGAAGGUGUGGUUCAGCGAGUACUGGAACGUCUCCGACUUUGUCGCCAUCUUCCUCUUCCUGGUGGGGUUUGCGUUGAGGUGGGACCCGUCAUGGCGGGUGACCGGGCGCAUCAUCUACUGCCUGGACGUAAUCUUCUGGUUCAUCAGGGUCCUGGACCUGCUGGCUGUCAAUCAGCAUGCUGGUCCUUACUUCACCAUGAUCACGAAGAUGACUAGCAACAUGUUUUACAUUGUGAUCAUGAUGGCUAUCGUUCUCCUGAGUUUUGGCGUUUCCCGGAAGGCCAUCCUCUCUCCCGACGAGGACCCGUCCUGGACUCUGGCUAAAGACGUUGUCUUCCAGCCUUACUGGAUGAUGUUCGGAGAGGUUUACGCCGGUGAAAUUGAUUCCUGUGCUGAAAACUCCACAUGUGUGCCUGGUGCCUUCAUCACCCCGUUUCUUCAGGCUGUGUAUCUCUUCUUCCAGUACAUCAUACUGGUCAACACCCUCAUUGCUUUCUUCAAUAAUGUCUACUUUGACAUGAAGUCCAUCUCCAAUCAGCUGUGGAAGUAUAACCGCUACCGCUACAUCAUGACCUAUCAGGAGAAGCCAUGGCUGCCGCCACCCCUCAUCCUCCUCAAUCAUGUGACCCUGUAUGGGAUGCGAGUCUGCAAAAAGACCUUGGGGGCCUCAGAGAAGGAACAGAACUCUGGGCUGAAGCUGUUUUUGGGCAGUGACGACCUGAAGAAGCUGCAUGAGUUUGAGGGGAGAUGUGUUGCAGGAUAUUUCUUUGAGAAAAAUGAAAACCUGCACUCCAGCCAAAUCAACAGGAUCUGCUUCACAGCAGACAAGACUGGGGAGUCGGCCAUAGUCCUAGGUGAGGUGGCUGAAAAAAUCCACUUCAUCCAGGAUAGCCUUCAGACGCUGGACACUCAGCUUGGGCACCUUCAAGACACAUCAGCCCUCACAGUAGACACCCUUAGCCUAAUUACAGCUUCCGAUGAUUGCCACCAGAGGGCAGCAUUGUACGGUCUGCACAAACCAAUCAGCAGCUCCCAUCAGGAGGUCCUCCACAACUGGUGCCUUCCGGGCGGCAGCGUACCCCCCAGCCGCUACCUUCUGGCCCACAAGCCCUACAGCAGCACCCCGUCGUCCCCGCUGGGGGGCCUGGGUGCGUGCUGGCAUUCUCAGUCCCUGGAGUGGCAGCACCAGGGGGGCAGUGAGGGCAGUGAGCAGGACUCCGAUGAGGAGCAGUGGAAAUCCAAGCCCUCUCCACAUCCCAGUGACGCCAUCUCUGAGGGAUUGUGCCGGUUCUCCCAUGAUUCUCUGCCUCAUGUAGCCGGCUGGAGGGACCGGACUCCCCUCGGGUCGUGUUGGCCGUCCCGGACCAGCAUCCCCCCGAUGCCCUGGAGCUCCGAGUCCCUCGACCAGCACCAGCAACCCAGAGCUUGGCACCAUGACUCCCACCUCCCUCCCAGUCAGGAGUCUCCCAAUGAGAUAGAGGAAGAGGAGGAGGAAGAGGAAGAACUGGGCAGUUCUGCUGAAUUGAGCUUAUCAAGGACAUCAAGCCAUGCGGUGCUGCGGACAGACUCUCCUGCGGACCGAGGCCGGCUCAUGGGCCUGGUGAACCCGGGGUUUUGUGGAGACGGUGAGCUUGCGCCGGCUCAGUCGGGGCGGAAGCAGCAGAGCCGGAAGUUCCCCCGGUGGAUGUGCCGUUCAAGGCACAGUCGCUCCCUGUCAGCAAGUGUGGAGAACAUGGCAUUUCUGGGGGCUCCACCAGCCUCUCACCCACCCAGUGCGCUGGCCAGUGACAGCCCUGGAGUGGACCAUGUGGACUGCAUGGGAAAGGAUACAUCUCCUCCGUUAAGUCAGAACAGAGAAUUGUCCAAGUCUGCUGACCUGACUGAAGCCCUGGAGGGUAAGAAAAGAGCCUGUGGCAGAAAGACGGUGAAGAUCCAGGACGAGAACACAGGAAAUGUGACAGAGGCAUGUCCACAUUCUUCAGAUGGCAACAAGAAAGGCAGAUGCCAUGGAAAAUCCCCUGCUCUACACAAGAGCUCGACCUCUGCCAGUCUUUCCCAACUGAAUUCUGACCAUGCGGACUGGCAGAGGUCCGCGCACUCUUUUCAGGCCACGAGGAGCCCCAGCCAGUCUUUGUGGAGCAGCUGGGCGAAGUCGAACAGCCGGAGGUCCUCGAUUCAAAGUGGGGCUCUGUAUGAGGCGAGAGGCUCCACCUUCCAGUCCACUGAGGACUUACACCCUCACUACUCAGCAAUGGAGCGCAAUAAUUUGAUGAGGCUGGCUCAUAGCAUUCCCUUCACACCUGUGUCUUUGAUAGCAAUGGGAGAGGAGGUGUCUGUCUACACCCUGGAGGAGGCAGGAGAAAGCACCGGCGGCAGGGACCUCAGCGUGUCCUCGUGGUCUCCCCGCGGACUCUCUGCCAUCCUUCAGCCUCUGUCCGACGAGGGGGUACUGGACGGAGGCCUGCGGCGGGCCCGUCGGGUGGCGUGCACCUGGGCCCAAGAGGGCGUCUUGAAGCCAGGCUGCAUCUACGUGGUGAAGGCCUUCCGUCCAGAGGUGGUCAGGAUGUGGCAGAAGGUCUUCCACAGUGACACCUCUCUCCAUCUUUGUUUACGGGAAGUCCAACAGCAGACCGCUGCCCAGAGGCUCAUGCAUGUGUUCAACCAGCUGAAGCCCCAGAGCAUGCGUUACUCUCCCAGGUUUCUGGAUGUGUCCCUCGUGCACUGGCACUCAGACGACCAGUGGCUGACCAUAGAGAGGUAUAUGGCCGGAGACUUCCGGAAGUAUAACAAUAACACUGGGGAGGAGAUCGCCCCCUGCUGUGGACUGGAGGACACGGUGCUGGCCUUCUCCCACUGGACAUACGAGUACUCCUGCCGGGAGCUGCUGGUGCUGGAUCUUCAGGGGGUGGGAAUGGAGCUCACUGACCCAUCGGUCAUCCGGGCAGAUGACCAGAGGUGCUAUGUCACAUCUGGUGACUUGGUGUUUGGGCCGGCUAAUUUGGGAAACGAUGCCAUUCAGAGCUUCAUCCACAAACACAACUGCAACUCCUGUUGUGAGAAACUGGGGCUUUCAGACUUGAGGAGUCGGGGCAGCACAGAGGAGGCUCCGGAGGAGGAGGAGGACAGCGACUCCAUCGUGACUCGCAUGUGACCUCCACAUCAGCACAGUGAGAGAAAUCUCUGUCCUGCUCUUUUUUAGAGUCUGUUGAACCUGUUGGAAGCUGAGGCAUUACUCUGAGAUGCUGUAGAAGUUUGAUAUACUUCACCAAUCUAAAGAAAAAACUACUGAUGCCCAUAGUGCUAAAUUGAGCACAAACUCAGUUGCAACUGUCGUGUCUUAGCAAACUACUCCAGCAAACUACUUCUGAUGUCUGCAGCUUUUGGUUUGCUAUCACAAUCUCUGAUACUGAUACUCUGAUAGCACUCUUCACCACCUAUCUGUGCAUUCCUAAAUACAAAGGAUUUCAAAACACGUUAGCAAAGUGCUAUCACUGUGGAGAAACAACACUACCUUGAAUGAACAGUAGAUGGCGUAUCAUUCUUAGGGAUAACAGUCACUUGGAGACUUAACUACAUACCACUACACUUUCCAGUACUGACAUACUGUGAACUGUACAGGCAGCCACCACUGGACAUGUAGCUAGUUUAUGUAUAUUUGCAUGCUAGGAUAUAAUAAUAGCUACUGAAAAUAUUUGAGUGUGUAAGUAUUUCUGUAGAGAACUUAGUGUUCGUAAGGUAGAGUUGUUUUAUCUUCAAAUGUUUGUGUAAGACAUGUAUUUGUCCCCAUAUUAGUUUAUUUAUUACAAUGCACUUAAGUAUGUCAUAUAGCAUAUAAACACAUAUUACUAGAUGUUAGUAAUUGUAACUUUAAACCUAACGCUGUCUUAUUAUGAUAUGUGCUCCUAGAAGGACAUUGCAUUUGUCAACUGAUUGUUAUUAUUAUUAUAGUGCAUGUGAACGCCUAGAAAAAGCACCUAGAGACAAUUGUAUUGUUAUGGCGCUAUAUAAAUAAAAUUGAAUUGAAUUGAAUUGAACGCAGAAGACUGUUUAUUGUGAUCACUCCCAAAUGCAUCCUCAUAUUCCGCUCACACUUAAGUACCAGACUCAACCACUAGAGGUCCUCGUGUGCUCAUCUUUAAACACUGACAUGGAUUGUUGUUGACAUUUCUCUUAUUACCACACCAGCCAGAGCUCUACUGCUGUUUAUAUGGUACCAUGUGUUAAUAGUUGUUAACUCUUUAUUUUUGUGUUAAGUGAGUGAUCUUGAUGCGUGGUGUUAAUGAUUUUUUGGACUUGGUAGUUUCAGUAAUGAGAGAGGUUCAAGUCAUCUUGUGGUGUGUCCCAUCCCAAAAGAAAUUCAACAUAGUCAAAGAAUGCAUCCAUAAAAUGUUUAUUUUUUUCCCACAAAGAAUUGUCUACAAAAGCGAUAAAAUAUAGAAUUUAACAAAAAUCACUUCAGUCCUUCACUUAAUAUGUACAACUUGAAGGAGGAGACACUUUUAGGACGUCGACUGACAUCGAACUUUCACCCAACCCUCUCCACAAAGCUUGGAAUUCAAAUAUUAUCAUUCGAAGUACUUACAAACACACAUAUCCACAAGCGAUCAAAGACUCACUUCAGAAUGGACAUAUCAAUAUCAAAGACGUUUCAUACACAUCAAAGACGGUUUCAUACACACACACAGUCAAGCUUGGCAAUUAACUCUCAUCCUCUGGUACAUUUAAUGGAGCUUUGUGGACGUAAGGAUGCAUCAAAGUUCACCGUCAGUCUCGGCCAGCUCACCAAGAAAUACAAACAAUUUGAUUUCAUUUAUAUUAAUGCUCGCUUUCUGAAUUCCCACUUCUGAUUGGUUCUCAAGUAAACGUAUGCAGUAAAGCAUCUAUCCCAUCUGGCCGUUCAGCUUCUCAACACUCUAGCUAUGGCACUUGGAAAAAAAAUUCUUGUCCUUUUUUUUAUUAGUACAUAACAACAACAAAAAAGACUCUGUACCCUAUGUACCUCUUGAGGGAUUUUGGUAACAGAUGCUACUUUAAACUUUUCUUCCAGGGAGGCAGACACAUUCUAAUUUAUAAAUAAACAGGAAUUAUUACUGUCGUUUUCACUUGUAUGCAUAUAAUAUGCAAUAAGAGUUUUUUUUUAGUUUUUUAGUUUUUUUGCUCUGAACAUCAGGAGUAGGAUAAAGCAGAGUCCUGACCUCCCAUACGCACACACACACACACACACACUCUCUUUCUGUGUCUGUGUAGACAAUGACGCGUGUGUCACUUAAGAGAAUAAAACAUUAGCAUAACCAAGAGCUGAGUGGGAGGAACGUGCUGAUUGUUGCCCCAGGUAGGGCGAACAAGGGGUGCUCCCCCGACUCCAGAGAAAUGAGAGAUGAGAUGCUCCGCUCAAAUUACCCACAAGACACCACAGGGAGGCCAGUCGCUAGGCCAGAAUGCUGGGAGAAAACCCGCUUCAUGUUCACUCUGGCCUUACCAAUAGAGAGCUGUACCAAUGGUAGCCCAGACGUUUGAAAACAGUUGAAAACAAAGGGGUAUGUCAAUUUUGUCUCAUUUUUUCCCCUUAAUGGAGUGGGAUCUGUGAGAUCUGCACCAAUUUGAACAAAAUUGAAGAUUAUUGGCUUUCCCCAAUGCUCAAUGAUUGUCGAAAAUGACAUGUUGCCUGGUACAAGGGGCAGAUGUCCCUCUCGGUACAAUGCAGUGUUUGUCUGUAUAUGUUUGUCUGUGUGUCUGCGUGUGUGUGAUUGUAUGUGGGUACUAUGAGCGGGGCCAGAUGCAUUCAGUAGCACACACUGAACACUACCCGGUAACAUUCUGAUUAAAAUAUCCCCACCCCUUUCCCACCCCCAGCGCCACGUGAGGAGAGAAACACAAAAGCCCCCAAACAUCUUGGCGUCAUGAAACAGCAUGCAAAGAUAACUGAACAACAAUACGCUAAUAGCCAUAUAAUAAUAAUUAUAAUAAUAAUACAAAUUAAAAAAUAAUCUUAGAAUGCAAACAUGACAGUAGUAAAUGCUUUCAGUUAUUGCUACAGUAUCUAACAGCUUCCAACUGCCCCCCCCCCCUUUCCUUUCUCAAAUCACAGUCUAAUUUUUUUUUUAAAUAGAAAACAAAACAAUCCACUUCAGUAGGAAAUUAGAUUUCAGCUGAAUCCACUGUCUUUGUUUGCACAUGUGAUAACCCGAACGGCCUUAAGGGCCCACUGUAUAUUCUACACUCUAACUUAAAGACUGACAGCAGCCUUUAGCAGACACUUAAGGAGAGGAAUGCAAAAAGUGAAUCUCCCAUGUUAAGUGUUUAGUAUUUAUGUUGUAUGCCAUAAAACUGAUAUUUACACUGAGCUGAAUAGGGGGUGGGGGAGUCUAUGUCCAGACAGUGAAUUCAGCAUGUCCACCUAGACCAGUAUACACACAGACACACUCACAAACAUACAUAUACUGUAUAAGCCUUGUCUGGGUAUAGAACAUUGUUUUUCUAAGUGUUUUUCAUUUUCCCAAAAUGUUUCAUAUUUUAAAAUAUUUCUCUCUUUUUUUCAAAAUAACAAAAGAGAAUUCCCUGAGACAGAUGCUUUGCAGUGCAUCAAGAGGUGAUUGUCUUUAACAGGUCACUGGCUUUUGCCAGGAUGGUUCUUGACAGAGAGUUCUUGACACAGGCGGUGAGAUUUGUCGGCUCUUGGUUAGGGUUGUGGAGCGGCCUGUUGCCCAAACAAGUAAAGUAAAACAAAACUUCAUUCAAGAUUAUGUCAGUAGCUCACACAUUUGUAAAAUACAAGUAAUUAUAUAAUGGUGCCCCAUUUUUUUUCUUCAUAUUUAGUGUAUCUCAAAUUGCAUAAUUGUUCAUUUCCUGUAAGUGCUCAAUAUCAAACAUUUCUUGAUAUAUUUGAACAUGUAUGUGUACCUUAAGUGUGCUUGGCAUAAAAGCUUCACAAAGAGUACACCAUCCAGUAACUACAUAAUCAAGGUGAGAAAAAUCUCCCCCAUAGGAAAUAAAUAUUCUCACAGCCACACCGCCUAAUGUUAGUAAUUAGUGCUUUUUUAAACCAUGUGCUGCAGGAGACUGGGCUCCGACCCCAUCGUUUGCCUUCACUGAAAGAAAAAAAAAACUAACACGAGAGAACAUAGGUUGUAUAAUAACCUAGCGCUCCCCUGAGUCAAGACAAAACCAAUGUCCCGGGAACUAAACGCAGUUCUUCAUGGUGGCCACAGUGUACAGCAGUUCUAUUGCAUUAUCCAGGAAUGCUUUCACAUACAUGCAGAUAAAUUUCAGUUAAAUAUUGUAUUACUAACAUUAAAUAAAUAAUACAGCGUUACUAAGUGAUUGUCUAUCACAGCUUACUAUAAGGAGAGAAUUAGAAGUAUAUUGCCACUGUAAACUGCUGAACCUCUUGGUAUAGUGCUCUAUGUCCUUGCAUCUCAACAUAGUCCUUAAAUGUGGAAUGUCUCUUGGACUGCCUUUUAGGAUUACAUGUUUUCUUAAUGGAAAAUCGUUUACUAACAAAGUCAUUUACUGUAGGAUACCCUGCCUGCACUUGUCCAACCAACUGAUGCAGAUGCGUGCAUAGAAAAUGCUCUCGGUAGCAGCUCAUCCAAAACAAACUGUGGAGUGGGCAGCAGGGAUGCUACAGAUAGCCAAUACGCCAUCACCACUCAGAAGCGAGCGGCUCACACUGUAUUUGGUUAACUGGACACAUGAACACAUGGAUAGAAUCCAAUGGGCAGCCUGGGUGGACAGCUUUUACAGAACUAAACUAAUUCUGCUGCAGAAAUUAUUUUAUGUCAUAUUCAUACAUAUCAAUUUUAAAAAUAAAAUGUUCAUGUCUGUCAUGUAACAUGAGUGACAGGAGACUGUGGUUGAAUAAAAAGCCUUGGAGUACCAAACAGGCAAAUGUCUUAUUGUGUUACAUUUUAUCGGACUUAAAAAUGCUGUAUCGAGACUCAUGGGCUUACCCUGUAUGUAUGUGUGUAUGACUACUGUGAGGAUGGAGAGAAAGUAUAUUUAUUAUUAUUAUUGCUUCGAGUAAGAAUCGUUAUCUUUUAAGUAGCACAAGAUGGGGAAAAAAUCAAACAAUAUGCAAAACAUUUCAGUGACUGAUCUGCCGUUGAAUAAGUAUGCUACACCAAGUUUAAGCUUGGAGACUUGUGUCCAAUGUCACUGAAAUUCACUGAUUUUUCUACAACAUGUCUGAUGGGGCGAAGAGACAGCAUUAGGACUGAAGUCCUUCAAUGUUAUGCAAAUAGGUUAUGAUUGUUCAAUAGCAGUUGUCUUACUGGAUGUUUUACUGCAGCCAUGAAUGAUGGUAAUCCGCCAUAAUCCUUUUUGUUUUGUAAAAUAUAUAUAUAUAAUAUCUUUCUAUAUAUCUCCAAAGGGAAAAAUGUCUUCAUUUUCUUUAAAAAUCUUUUACAGGUCCAUAAUCCUAUUGUCAUCAAUGUAUUACCAACUAUACAUAUCUACAGAGCCCAGACAAGGCUUUUCCAUGUUCCCAACCAGCAGUCUACAUCUUUCCCCUCUUGUCGCGUUAGUCUCUUCAAGCCUCAACUCAAACGUCACAAUGUCUGUACACAUAAAAUCAUUGAACAACAACAACAACAAAA